AUGGCGGCGGCUCUUCAGCUCAGCAGCCUGGCAAACGCACCGCCAGCCGCUCCUCGGGCCCCGCCUCCCCACGAACGGUGCCGCCGACCCCAUCGCUCCCAUCCCAGCACGCCGCCCGCAGCCUCGGGGCUCUUCCUCACCCGGCAGAGCCAUUGCGAGCAGCGUCCUCCACGCAGCCCGGCCCGGAAACGCCGCGGCACCUCUCCCCACCGGAAGGCUUUGUCCGGAGCACAAUCGGGCCGUGCCAUUCGCGGGAAGGACGGGGGACCUCAGUACCGGGCCGGGGAGAGGCGUCCAAGAUGGCGACGGGCUGCGAGCAGUAGCGCGGAUAGGGCGGAAGUGUUGUUGCGCGUCGGUCCGGGGCGGUGUGGGUCCGCCACGACGCCCCUUCCUCAGCAUGAGCAACAUUUACAUCCAGGAGCCCCCCACAACGGCAAGGUUUUGCUGAGAACUACAGCAGGAGAUAUUGAUAUAGAAUUGUGGUCUAAAGAAGCACCAAAAGCAUGUCGAAAUUUCAUCCAGCUUUGUAUGGAAGAGUAUUACAAUAAUACAAUAUUUCACAGAGUAGUGCCGGGUUUUAUAGUGCAGGGAGGUGAUCCCACUGGUACCGGUUCAGGUGGAGAUUCAAUCUAUGGAGCUCCCUUCAAGGAUGAGUUCCAUUCACGAUUGCGAUUUAAUCGAAGAGGACUUGUUGCUAUGGCAAAUGCUGGACCCCAUGAUAAUGGCAGUCAGUUUUUCUUUACACUGGGUCGUGCAGAUGAACUUAAUAACAAGCACACAAUCUUUGGAAAGGUUACUGGAGAUACAAUAUAUAACAUGCUGCGGCUAGCUGAAGUGGAAGUUGACAAAGAGGAAAGACCACUCAGUCCACAUAAGAUAAGAAGUAGUGAGGUUUUGUUUAAUCCAUUUGAUGAUAUUGUUCCAAGACCAAAUAGAAAGCUGAAGAAGGACAAACCAGAAGAAGAAGAUAAGAAGCCCAAAGUAAAAGGCACAAAAAAUUUUAACUUACUUUCGUUUGGGGAAGAAGCUGAAGAAGAGGAGGAGGAAGUCAACAGAGUUAGUCAGAGCAUGAAGGGAAAGAGUAAAAGUAGUCAUGAUCUACUGAAGGAUGAUCCACGUUUGAGCUCAGUUCCUGCUGUCAAAAGUGAUGCAUCAAAUGAAGAGAGCUAUUUGAGUGAGGUAG